CUGUUAAAAAAAUCUGCCGACGCGUGAGCGUUAUCAUUAUUCUAUCCAUAACGUAUUGUUAAUAAUAUCGACACUGUGCUGUUAACUGCGCAGUUCAGUAGAGCGCGAAUGAAAUAUUUUAAACACCUCUCUGAAAGUAUCAUUUCGAUUUUUAUCCGGAUAGCGGCAGCACAUGAAAUAAGGCGCGGUGUAGAUAGACGCAGCGGGGUGAGGAGGGGUGGGGACGCACCGCGCCGGUCGAAACUGGGAAUGUCGAACUGGGCGGGCAUCGGGACGUUGUCUCGCUGGAGCCGCCGCCUCCACCUCGUUAUCCGUUAUCGUCUUCCGCUUCGCUUCCUUUUUCUUCGCAAUCUUGCCGUUAAAUCUCUCGGAUUUCAGUAAAAAGUUAUUACAGUAUCGGUAUCUCCAUUUUUACAUCUUAACCGAAAUCGGUUGAGGAAGUGCGGGUACUUCUAUAACACUCGUAUCUGCGAUCAGCAAUCAAUCGUUCCUCCGAGUUGUCGUCUGCGAAAGUGUUGAAAGAUUUUCUUAGUACAAUAAUAAUGCGACGAGAGUGAAAGGUCGCGGCGAUUGGUAUCGAUAAUCGAAUUUGAUAUUUUAAUCUCAACGAAUCCCUCGAGUGUGAGGACUGAACGUUCUACUCUUGAAUUGUUAUAUUUGAAUUGACAUCAGUGAGUUGACUGAAAAAAGAGAGACAAGAUUAGAUUAAUUAAAGGAUACGACCAUACGAUUUGUACUUGGCCGGAUCAAGAAAGUUUCCAGGUCACUCUGGCGAUUACUCACACGAAUCUUAAGCGAUUAAUUAUUCCACGAUUGCCUUCGAGCAAACGGUUGUUUGCCAGAAAGCUGAUAUCGAGGCAAUAUGCGUCGGUGAAAUCGGAAACUCACCGUGUUCGACGUGCGUGCGUCACAUCAAUUACAAACACAUCGACGCAGAACGGACUGUUUGACUGUUACGUUUACUACCGGUCAUUUGUUGACCCUUCCCGUGCUCCGUGUUGGAAAUCGUUCAAUUACGAGCAUUCGCUCGGCGAAAGGAAUUUACGAUCACAAUAAUCAAAGUGUACCGAUUGCGUACCUUCGAUGCGAAUGAAACGAGCAUCGUUAACGAGUCCGUUUCGGAGAUGGAUCUCGCGAGAAACGAGAGACGUUGAGAGACAUUGAAGUCCCUACGGGCAGCUACGAGUUAGGAAACGAAGCGUGCUCUGAAUCUAAUAUUUAUAUAUUAGGAAUUGUCACGAGCUACGAGAGAUUAUUGACUUUAUGCGAGUUCGAGACGUUCUCUCGAGAUGUUGAACUUGUUUGAAUUUAUUAAGUGUUAAACUUUUUCUUUGACGAUUAUCUUGUUAGUUAUUCUUGUUAGUCUGAUGUGAUUGAAAGCAGUUACAUGUAUUUCGAUCUUCAAGAGAGUUUAUCAAGUUUAUAAAUCGAAAAGUUCAUGAAUCGACUCAAGUAGCCAUCAGGAACAAUCCACGCUUCUUCACAACGACUUUGCAAACGGAAGGCGAAAGGGCGGCGACCGUCCGACUGCGUGCUGCUAGUAAUACAGCAAAUGAUACGCGAGAAGUAACGAUGUUCAAGUGCUGCGUGUGCAACAAUACUUCGAAGAAAGCCAGCGCCGCGAGGACGAAAUCAAAGUCGGACGACAAUGACGCUGAAGAUGCGCCGUCUACACUGCCGCCAAUCGAGUCACCCAAGUUAACCGUGGUGGCUAUCGAAGUGGAUGGCGUUCGCGAGUCCUCGGCAAGGACGGAGCUGAAUGGCAACGUGCCUAGGACCGAGCAAGUAUCCCCAACUGCGUCGGAUUCCGCUCCAAUCCGCGCUGAUCUCGCGACGAAGGACUCGCGAGAGAAGGCAGACGUUGAUGUUGAUAAGAACUUGAGUCCGGAUUUGAUGAAGCAGUCGACUGAGGCUAGCGAUGAUCGGUCGAUGAAUGAAGCUGAUGCUGACGAUAUCAAUCACGAUACGUUGAUCAAUCUCGGUGAUCAGCGAUCAGUCAAGACGAAUCUUUAUGAUGCGUCGGGGUACAUAGAAAGGAGGAUCGAAGACGGGCCGGAGGACGAUGAUUCGGUCUUCGAAGCCUGUCCGACCGAGAAUGAUACGAGAAAAAAUCAACCGCUAGUUUCCUCGAUCCCACGUUGGUUGUCGGAAGAGGAUGACAGCGGCGAAUACGUGUCGGAGGGAUGUAGCGGCAUGCAGGAACCGCCAGCGACGCCGGUCGCCCGCGACGAGUUAGCCCUGAGGCGGCACCGAUUCUUCUCCGAUCUGUUACAAGCGGCACAGAGCACAGAGCACAGAGUGAGAUUUGAUCCGCUGGGCCCGAUGGUGCACACCGGUUGCGAGGGUAGCGAUAGGGAGGAACAUCUGGAAGAGUUGGUGAAUCGAUUGGAAACUGUGACGAAGCGGCUCGAGAGAGUACCGAUACACUGCGCAGUUUCGACCCAGGACACUGCGGUGCAAACAAGUACACCUUCCCCGAAAAGGGCUGCGUCAGCAAAAGAUACAGCGAGUAAUUCGAGAGAAGACUCUGCGACCUCGCCGACUACUCAUUCGGAGCAACGGACAAUUCCGAAUCAGUCUAUAAGCAUGUCCGUAGCCGGGUACGAAGAUCUCUUGGCCGGGCCGGUCAGAGAGUACCUGCAAUUGAGUCAAAAGAUCGGCGGCGAUGUAGCUACUCACAGCAAGCUCGUAGAAAAAGCUUUUCAGAUUCAACUUCAGUUCGUGCAGACGGCGGCGAGCCGUCCAGCACCGGCGAAUCAGUCUGAGCAGGUGUCCCUGCUCGCGCCCAUGUCCAUGCAGAUUCAGCAGAUCCAGGACUUUCGCGAGAAGAAUCGUGGAUCCCCGUUCUUCAACCAUCUGUCAGCGAUCAGCGAGAGUAUCCCGGCGUUGGGAUGGGUCGCAGUGUCUCCCACACCAGCUCCAUACGUGAAAGAGAUGAACGACGCCGGUCAGUUUUAUACCAAUCGCGUACUGAAGGAUUGGAAAGAGAAAGAUAAAAUACACGUAGACUGGUGUAAAGCGUGGGUGCAAACAUUAACUGACCUGCAACAGUACGUUCGUCAGCAUCAUACGACGGGUUUGACAUGGGCCGGAAAGGCCGGUACCGCGGCGCCUGCUGGAAUACCACCUCCUCCACCUCCGUCGAUGCCGAUGGGAGAUAUUGCACCGAUUGCAGCGAACGACGACAGGAGCGCACUUUUCGCUCAGAUCAAUCAGGGAGAAGGCAUUACGAAAAAUUUGAAGAAGGUUACUUCGGAUAUGCAAACACAUAAAAAUGCCGGUUUAAGAUCUGGUCCCGCACCAUUUAAAGCACCGGCCAGCACACUACCAAUGAAAAAUGUUUUACCGGCGAAUGCGCCGAUCGACAAACCACCGGUUUUUACUAGAGAUGGGAAGAAAUGGCUUGUGGAAUAUCACAAGAGUGAGAACUUGGUCAUCGACAACGCAGAGAUGAAUAACGUAGUUUAUAUGUUCCGAUGCCAAGACAGUACACUCACCGUCAAGGGCAAGAUCAAUUCCAUCGUAAUGGAUUCUUGUCGUAAAUCGUCCGUUGUGUUUGACUCCGUUGUCUCUAGCAUCGAGUUCGUAAAUUGUCAAAGCGUACAAAUGCAGGUACUCGGAAAAGUACCUACGAUUUCCAUCGAUAAGACGGACGGCUGCCAAAUGUACUUGAGUACGGAAUCCCUGGGGGUUGAGCUCAUCACCAGCAAAUCUAGCGAAAUGAACGUUAUGGUGCCGAAACCCAAUGGAGAUUACACUGAAUACCCAGUACCAGAACAAUUCAAGACCACCAUCAGUCCGAACGGUCUGAGUACUACGGCCGUCGAUUCGCUCGGUUAAUAGCGUAAAUGACUCGAGGGAGUUUGCUUUACGCAUAGCCUACGCAUCUUCUUAACAAUAUAACUCACUAGAAAUAUCAUUGUCAAAGAUAUAUAUCAUAAAUUUACUAUUAUUAUUUUUAUUUAUUGUCUUCUUCCGAUGAUGUGGAGCUAAAGAAAAAAGACAGACGCGAUAUGUCUUGCUUACAUGUAUUUAGAUCUAGGAGUAAGUUUUCCAAGAUUUUGUGCAAAAAAUGAAACAAGUCGAAUGUUCUUUAUCGAUGCUCUCGCGUUAUUUAUCGAACAGAUACGAAUUCCCUCGCUGAGAUCAAAACUGUGUCGAUCUUGAGGCGAAAGUCAUCGAAAGUACAUCUUCGUACGCCUCGACUACGUCGACUGAAAUAAAAUGCGUGACUAGCUGCGUCAUAAUGAAAGUGUUCGAAGGAGUCAAACUUGGUGAAUACUAUAAAUACAGGUCACUCGAUGGUAAAUGAUUCUCUUUCUUAUAACAACGAAUACACGUUCAAUUAACUCUGCCAUGCUUGAAUUUUCCUGCAACUGAAGAUGACAACGCAAAAAUGUACGUUUUCCUCCUUGAAGACCUUGAGAUCGUCGAGUACCGACUAAACUGCGCGAGGAAGAACUUUCGAGUUUAACGCGGUUUUCGCAUCGAAAUCGUAAAACGUUAAUUUCGAUUUUCAUGGAGCAGAAAAAUUUGGAAAGAGCUUACUCCUAGACGCAAUGUGACGUGACAAAUUGACUUUAAUCAUGCGUAUGUUCUUAACGAAUGAUGUGUAAUGAAUUAUAUAAAUCGAAGAGACGUAUUCGGUGAUGAGUGGUGAUAUAAUGUAUUCAUUAAAAUUGUUCGAGAAGUUUUAUGUGCUGUUCGGAAUCGUCGAGGUUUACGUGAAUUACAUAAACUGAAAAUCGAGCGUUAUACAAAGCGUGAUAAAGCGUUGUGAGAUACCGAGCUCCCUUAAUGACUGUAAUAUAUCUAGUAGAGUUUUGGAUUAUUACGGAUUCCUUCUUCUUGCGCGGUUAGAUCCGCAUAACGAGAUCCGAAAGCGAGAUAAUUUAGCGACGGUGUUAAUCGUAGCGUGGACGAAAGAGUUCCGUCGUCCUCGAGUCGCCCUUUUAUACAUUUACACCGUUUUCUAUCGUACGAAGAGAAGUUUUUGCUCAAAACCUGUCGCGCCGCAGAGAAUCUGCUGCUGCUGGUGUGUCCAGUCGGAGCGCUGAAUAUUGUACAGUCGAGUGCAUUAACGCUGUUCGGUGCGCUUAUUUAAGAUGUUUAGGAAGAAUACUUUUUUGUACAACCAUUUCAAUCGCUUGUCAAGAAGCACACGAUUCUCUAUCUCGAGUUCAGCAUCAGGAAAUUCAACGAAACGAGCGUCAUAGUUCCACGAGAGAAAUUAUAUAAAUUUCUCCUAAAUAUACACAUUGUAAUUAAAUAUAGGUGAUAUACGUAUAAAUAAUAUUACAGAUUUAUUACGUGUCACAGACUAAAAUAUUUUUGUGAAUGCAGGCGAAUCGGAUGAUAUUAAUGCGACCGAUUGUACGCGCACUGAGAUAGUAAACUGCGUUACUUAUAGGCCUCCGAGCGGCGUCACUCGUGUAAAUGGUGUCAGAUACCAUCGUCAAUAGUUCGAUAUGCUUUUGCCUCCAAACUUUUGCUCUUUGUGUCGGGUUUAAUGCUACGCGAUCAUCUUAUAAACGAGAUAUCAAUAAUCGGGGAUUUGAUUAGGAAUUUGCGUCAGCGUGAUGUUUAACGGGCGUACGCUAAUAUAGUAUUAUAUUAUUUAAGUGAAGCACGGUAUUAAACGGAAAAAAAAGGAAAUGUUGAUGCAAAAACAAACGAUAGCGGUGUUGCGCAAAUCGUUCGUUUGUCCAUAUUGUACGAUCAAUUGUAAUAAAUGUAUAAUGAUUUCAGGCGGUCAUGGACCACCUUUAAUUCAGUAACGGUAUUGAACAUGUUAUUGCUUGCGGAAGCUUCCGUUCGCACGACGACGCAUGCAAUUACACUUAUAACUUUUCGUUCGAAUUACUUUUUGGUGAUGAGUCUGACUAAUAAACCUAAUAAAGUGAACUUACGUA